AGCAUGCUCUUCCUUGGCAAAUUUAUAGUUUUCCAGACAAUGUUGUAGGCCUUCAAUGAGUCUCUUCCAAAAGAGAAUGUUCAUAAUUCCCUUAACGAGUUCGUAGAUAUCUUUUGUGUCGCAAAACAAUGUUUGAUCUUUGUAGGAGCUGUAGAACUGGAUGAUACUGUUGGUAGGUGAUGAAUAUAUAACCAUACAUAAUAUAUUGUAUGGUCAUGCGGUCCCCAUAGUUUAAUGAGUGUAUUGCACGAAAUGUCGUAAUCAAUCACCACUAAAAUUGUGGUCUCUUUGCAAUGCAUAACCUUUUUUAUUACCUACCAACCAUUUGGGAAGGUAUUUUCUUUGGAACAGUGGUCAAAACUUUUCUAGCCUGUUGUUUUUAAACAUGAAAAAGACAUUUACCAAAUGGAAAGGACACGUCAAAGAUAAAGAAGACUAAAGGAGAAAAAAUCUCUUAUUGUGCGGCUCGAAAAAGAAGACUAGUUCUCAUAAAAAGACAAAAAAAAGAAAAAAAAAACUAGUAUUUAAUUUCGAAUUCUCUUCUCUGUAAAUUUUAUUGAUUUAGGGUUUGUUUGAUAACCUUUUUUAUUUUUUUUAUUUUUUGUGCUAAAGUAUUAAGGAAUAUGAGAGUGAGAAUGAAGAUAAGAUUGAGAGAAAUGAUAUAAGAAGGAGAAGUAACAAAAAUGAAAAUAAAAACUAAAAAGGUGAAAUUUAUUUGAAAUUAUUUUCACUCUUACUUCCUUCCCAUCCUCUCCUCUCAUUAUGGUUAUCAAAUGGGAUUGUUCGUAUUUUUUUUCAUAAAGGAAGAAAGAGAGAGAGAAUGAGAGAUUAUUAGUAGCAAGCAAGUCAUAUAUACGUAGAAAAAUGCUAAGUUUAUCACAUUUUUCAUAGCACAUGAUGAAGAAUGUGAUAUCGCAUUACUCAUAUACAUAUAAGAGCCAAGUGCAAGCACAGAGCUACACACCCACAGAGACAUAGCGAUGGAGGCAGCUAUAGUUUUAUACCCAUCACCACCAAUAGGCCACUUGGUCGCCAUGGUAGAGCUUGGCCAGCUCAUUCUCACUCGCCAUCCUUCUCUCAGCAUCCACAUCCUCAUCACCACCCCGCCCUACAGAGCCGAUGACACCGCCAAAUAUAUUGCCUCCGUCUCCACCACCAACCCCUCCCUCAUCUUCCACCACCUCUCCACCGUCUCUCUCCCUCCCUCCCUCACUUCCUCCUCCAACCACGAAUCCCUAACCUUGGAAAUCCUCCGCCUUAACAACCCCAACGUGCGCCAAGCCCUCCUCUCCAUCUCCACCAACUUCUCCGUCCGUGCUUUUGUCCUGGACUUCUUCUGCGCUAUCGGGCUCUCUGUCGCUGCCGACCUCAACAUCCCCGGCUACUUCUUCUUCACCUCUGGCGCUGCCUGCCUCGCCUCCUUCCUCUACUUCCCCACUCUCCACACCACCACCGACAAGAGCUUCAAAGAUCUCAACGCCCUUAUCGGCAUCCCAGGAGUGACGCCGGUGCCUUCCUCUGAUAUGGCAAAGCCAAUUCUUGAUCGCAACGACGUGGCGUAUCAAUGUUUCCUAGAGAACUCAAGGCAAUUCCCCAAAUCAGCUGGGAUUAUCAUAAACACGUAUGAAUCUCUGGAGCCCAGAGCCAUCAGAGCAAUCUCCGAUGGGCUGUGCUUGCCAGAAAAUGUUACCACGCCGCCAAUCUACUGCAUAGGACCGUUAAUUAUUGCUCACAAUAAAAAAGGUGGCGGCGGCGAUGAUGUGUCUGAGUGUUUGACUUGGCUUGAUUCACAACCAAGCGGAAGCGUGGUGUUCCUCUGUUUCGGAAGCUUGGGAUUGUUUUCAAAAAAGCAGUUGCAGGAGAUAGCCAUUGGGUUGGAGAGGAGCGGGCAGAGGUUUCUGUGGGUGGUCCGCAACCCGCCUGCUGAAAACAACACCGGCGUUGCCAUCACGGAGCAACCGGACCCGGAGUUGGAGUCUCUGCUUCCGGAUGGGUUCUUGGGUAGGACCAAGAACAGGGGGCUGGUGGUGAAGUCGUGGGCCCCACAAGUGGCGGUGUUGAAUCACGAGUCAGUAGGCGGGUUCGUGUGUCACUGCGGGUGGAACUCGGUGUUGGAGGCGGUAUGUGCUGGGGUGCCGAUUGUGGCUUGGCCGCUGUACGCGGAGCAGAGAUUUAAUAGGAUCGUUCUGGUGGAGGAGAUCAAGAUUGCAUUGACGAUGGACGAGUCAGAGGACGGGUUUGUGAGUUGUGAUGUGGUGGAGAGGCGAGUUAGAGAGUUGAUGGACUCGGAGGAAGGCGACUCAGUGAGGAAGCGGACCAAGGCUCUGCAGCGGGAAGCCCAUGCUGCACUGAGUGAGGGCGGGUCGUCUCGGGUCGCGUUAACGGAACUGUUUGAAAAAUGGAACCAAUUGGGCUAGAAAGUUCAGUUCAGAUAGAUAUGAAUAUGAUCCGUUACACCCUCUCUUUAGCCUUAUCUCUUGUUGUAAAGCCCUCGUGAUUCAUGACGGGUGGGGUGGGUGUGUCGCAUUCAACAUGACUUCCAGCUCCAGGGAGGAAUGUAACUCUGCUGCUGAUAUGCUUGGUUUUAUUGGGAUCUCCGAGAUUCUGAGUCUCCAUCUUUGGGACUCUCCCCAUGUUGCUGUGAGACAAUUAAUGUUUAAUGAUUUGUCUAGGGUUUUUACCCGUAGAUCUGUUGUUCAGUGUUUCUGUUGGGCUUUAAGCCUCCUUGUUACCAGAAAAAAAAAACAAAAAAAAACAGGUUUUGUUCAAUUACACAAUUUGUGUUCAUGAGA